GAGAGUUGGUGGAGCUAUCUAUAUUAAUGACCCAAAAAUUGAAUAUAGUGUGAACCGGCAAACGAAUCUAAGCUUCCAAAUUGUAGAAGUCGUACCCAAAAUAGACACACACAAUUUCCCUUUUUAAUUUAUCUCUAUUCUCCACACUCAAACUAUGAACAAAUAAAUACUUACUUACCUUACCUUCUAAUUAACUCUCACUUUUGUUUUUUACAUUAUGUCAUACCACAACCACCACCCACUCCACCAUUUCACUCACUCCGCCACCCAACCAACCUCCGAUCCUCACCACUCCUUCCAAACCGCACCUAAUUGGCUCAACAACGCUCUUCUUCGCAACCUCGAUUCCUCAAACACCAACGUUAACUCCACUAAUUUCCUCAACCUCGACACCGCCGCUUCCCAAUCCUCCAACCAUUGGCUAUCUCAUCCAAUCCUCCACCGCAACAACAGCGAAGUAAUCGACGACAUCGCCGGCGUGAAGGUGGCGGAAACCGGCGAGGCAGCGGCGGAGGGAGUGAUGAAAUGGCAGAACGCGAAAUACAAAGGGGAGAUUAUGGCGCACCCGUUGUACGAACAGCUUCUAUCAGCACACGUGGCGUGUUUGAGAAUCGCCACGCCGGUUGAUCAGUUGCCGAAGAUCGAUGAUGAGCUGGCACAAUCACAGAAUGUUGUUGCCAAGUACUCUGCCUUUGGACAAGACUCUCAGGGACAGGGCAUUCUUGAUCACGAUAACAAACAACAGCUUGAUCACUUCAUGUCGCACUAUGUUUUGUUGCUAUGUUCUUUCAAAGAACAGCUUCAGCAACAUGUCCGUGUUCAUGCAAUGGAAGCAGUAAUGGCUUGUUGGGAGAUUGAACAGUCCUUACAAAGUCUAACAGGAGUUUCACCAGGGGAAGGUACAGGUGCAACAAUGUCUGAAGAUGAAGAUGAGCAAGUAGACAGUGAUGUUAAUCAAUUUGAUACUGGUGGUUUGGAUGGUUCAGACAGCAUGGGAUUUGGUCCUCUUGUUCCAACUGAGAAUGAGAGGUCCCUAAUGGAUCGUGUAAGACAUGAAUUAAAGCAUGAAUUGAAACAGGGUUAUAAAGAGAAAAUCGUGGACAUAAGAGAGGAAAUUUUGCGUAAGAGACGAGCUGGGAAACUUCCCGGUGACACUACCUCAGUCCUUAAAGCUUGGUGGCAAUCACAUUCAAAGUGGCCUUAUCCUACAGAGGAGGAUAAGGCAAGGUUGGUGCAAGAAACGGGUUUAGAAUUGAAACAAAUCAAUAAUUGGUUUAUCAAUCAAAGGAAAAGGAAUUGGCACAGCAAUCCUUCAACUUCUAAUGUCUUGAAGAGCAAGCGCAAGAGAAAUAACUAAUGCAGGUGAUAAAAGUGUUGGCCAUUACAUGUAUAUGGGGGCAAAUUCGAGAACUAAUCCAUGACUAUAGUGCAAGAUAUGCAUGGCAGCAGAUCCAACAAAAUCAAUGAGAGGGGAAAAAAGAAUCACAUUUUGCUUCUGACCUAGCAACAGUCAAAACAGAGAUGAGGAAGCUUGAAGGCCUGCACUAGCAGAACCUAGGAUUCAACAAAAGUUCAAAUAUAUUAUUUUUUAUCUCUAAAUUUAAGAUGUUAAUUUCUUAAAGUAGUUGUUCAAUUUUUUUAGUCCAUCCCUAUAUUUAACAAAUUAGCAUGUUUUUAAUUUGUUGUCAUUAAAGCGUCUUUAGAUAUUGAUUGUGGCAAGAUUCCAUUAAAGAAUAGCAUUUGAAUGUCAACUUAUGCACUCCAUAUUUCAAUUUCCAUUCAUAUCAACUAAGUGAGUCACACGAGCUUGUUGCA